AUGCGACUAGAGUUGGCUAUUAUUCUUGCGAUCUUCAUACACAAUAUCCAGACUGAUGCAGAUCUCCGUCCAAACGAUUGGUCAGAAUCGUGGGAGCCCGAAUUUGAGGAAGACAAUGUGAAAGAUCCAGUAAAAGUGGAUAAAACGGAGGAUGAUAAACUACAAAAGUGGUUGGUCACCAAACCAAAUCUGAUUUUUCCGCCUAUUUUGCCGAUGGCCGGACUUAACGGUCCGGAACCCGGAGGGGAUGUAUCGUUGAUGAUUGAAACGGAUGAUAUACUGCACAGCUAUCGAUGCUACAGUUGCGAGUAUUGUGGUAGUCUAGAUGUGAGUAAAGCAACAGUUGAGGGUGGUUGUACGGAAUGUGUGGAUGCAAUCCAAAAAUGGCUGGUGAAAAAGCCGAUCACAGAUAUUCCUCCGGUUGAACCCAUUAUCUAUGAACUCUAUUCGGACAACGAAGGCAAUUUAUUGUCAGUGAUCAAAGAGAAGAAUGAUUUGCCCAGUUUCCACUGUUACGUUUGCGAUAACUGUCAUGUUUCUGAGUUGAAUGCAAAGAAAGUGGAAAAAGGAUGCACGGAAUGUGUGAUAUAUCUGAAAAGUUCGACGUUUUCCGACCGAUUAUGCAAUCGCAAAUCCGAGACGUUGUGUCGUUCCAAUUUUAAAGCUCGAUGUUGUCAGGGCGAUCUGUGCAAUCGUGCCCGUCCAGCCUCACUCUCAUUUCAUAGUGCCAUUCUCACCCUCGCGUGCACACUCAUCAAUGUGGCACUCAAAUACAUAAUUAUGUAA